AUGAUUUACUUUCUGUCUCUUAUUAUUCCUUUGUUGUUUUGUUUGUUUGCUAUUGCGCGUAGCGAAACUCCUAAGGCACCUCCCACAAUCAACUUACUAGGCACAUUACAGGCCUUAAAGUACAAUUACCUGGACCCCUGGAACAAUGGGACAGCGGCAUUGUUGGCCUAUGAGCCCCUGAGCAGUGCAGAGGCGCGCGCGAAAUGCGGUGCCAUUGGAGAAAGUCUCUAUCCUUUCCAGGAUACAACGGAGCUCAAUCGCACCGAACUGGGCUACGAACUUGACUAUCUCGUGCAUAGUCAGGAUCUGCAGCCAGGCUCUGCACUUUGGAUAGGCUCCUCGGGUACAUCUGGCCAAUCCUGCAUGGCAUAUUCUCAAGAACAUAAGGCUGCCAUCCCGCUGCCUUGCGAUGCAAAGCUCCCGACACUGUGUACCUCCAGAGCUCCCCCGACUAAUGACAAACACAGGGAACCUGUGAAGUCUUCUCGGAUUUCUAUGUCGGUCGAUGGCUAUACUAUAACUGGUUAUCGGGACGCUCGAUCCUUUAGGUUCUUGGGAAUACCUUUUGCCGAUCCCCCAGUCAAUGAGUUGCGGUUCGCACCUCCACAGCCAUAUACUGGACAGAAGGAGAUCGACGCAACGAAACUACCAGCCUCCUGUAUUCAAUCCCAGUCAGGUUUUGGAACACUUGAAAACAGUCUGAUCUCCGAGGAUUGCCUUUACCUAAACGUCUAUACCCCCGUGCUACCAUCCCAGCCUGAUAAGAAUGUUGCACCCAGACCUGUUGCGGUUUACUUCUACGGCGGUGGAUUCACUAAAGGUACUACGGCUAUGAUUGACUAUGACGGUGGUAACUUCGCUAGUCGUAAUGAUAUUGUGGUUGUUACUGUCAAUUACCGCGUCGGAGCCCUGGGCUGGCUUACAACAGAGAACUUCACUACUGGAAGCUACGGCACUCAGGACCAGAUUUUGGCUCUAAAAUGGGUUCAGCAGUAUAUAACAACAUUUGGCGGGGAUCCUUCACGGGUUACUAUAUUUGGCCAGUCUGCUGGUGGCCAAAGUGUAAUUGCGAUGCUGUCUUCAAGUGCUGCCAGUGGCCUCUUCUCCGCUGCAGUUGUGCAGUCAGCUGCCCUGGACGUACCCUGGUAUUCAAGAAAGGUUUAUACAGAGAUCAUCACCCCAAGGAUUGCGAAGGCUGUCGGGUGUGAUGACGCUGAUGAGCCUGUCAUGCUGUCCUGCCUUCGCUCUAUCCCUGCAGCUAAGUAUCUCGAUAAUUCAACCGAACUCGCGCAUGCGUUGGAUGAGAUUGCAAACGCACUCCAGGUUUCUUCCUCGCCAUUCAUGCCCAUUGUUGAUGACCGUGGCUCGGGCAUUAUCGAUGACCAAUUCCAUACCUUGCUUGCGACCAAUCGUCUCCCCAACGCUGUCCCUAUCAUGCUCACUACAGUGACCGAUGAAGCCGCCCUCUACGUGGAUCGCUAUGUUCCUCACAUUCCUUUGAUCGGCAGUACCAAUAUUGGCCUUGAUGUAUUCUUCAACGCUGUUUAUCCAUCCAGUCUAGCAACAUCUCUUAUCAAGUCAGGCGCUUUCCCUAUCGAUCACAGCGACCCAGACAGCCUCCGAAAUACCGGUGCCGAUGCUCUUACCCACUCAAAAUGGUUCUGUCCUCAGGCCUAUCUGCUUCACCACGGUGCCAGAACCGCACUUCCCCAGCUCUAUACCGUCCAGAUUCAGCACGGACACGUCCAAACUACUGCCGAUGUACCGAAAGUCUGCUCCCCCAAUGACAACUAUAACGCGACAUGUCAUACGGCUGAUGUCCUACCUAUCUGGGGUACCUUGAACGCGAAGACCCAGAAUGUUGACCCCUAUUAUGGCCCUAGAGACAUCAGUCACUCCCAGAUGCUCAAUGAUAUCUUCAGCUCGUUCUUCCGUACCCAUAACCCGAACCCCGAUCCCGAGCUUCUCAAAAUCCGCGGCCCAGCCUACUCUUCGACUUUAGAUAUCUUUGGCCUCUCUGGAUAUCAUAUCCCCGAGUAUCAGACUGACGAUGAAAGCUUGUGCUUACUCGGAAUGCCUCCGAGUCAGAUUCAGAAUCCAGCCAAAUCUAAUAAAUGCGACCAUGCAGAGUACAGCAAUUAG